AUGCUGAUUUCUCCCGCAUUUGCUCAGGCAGCCGGCGGCGCGGACGGUGGCAGCGCUCUGCUGACGUUCCUGCCGCUGAUCCUGAUUUUCGUGGUUUUCUAUUUCCUGCUGAUCCGGCCUCAGCAGAAGCGGCAGAAAGAGCACAGGGCGAUGGUGCAGGCCCUGCGGCGCGGCGACCGGGUGGUAACGGCGGGCGGCAUCUACGGCACGGUCGCACGCAUCAUCUCCGACACCGAACUGGAUCUGGAGAUCGCGGAUGGCGUGAAGGUGCGCAUGCUGCGCGGGACGGUUCAGGAAGUGGUCGGCAAGGGCCAGCCGAGCCGGACGCGUGGCCGCAAGAAGGACGAGGCCGAAGAGCCCGAGGACGACGAGUGGCAGGACGACGAAGACGAGCCCUCGACGGAGCCCGGCUCCUCAGCGGAUGGCAAGCGCCGCUAA